AUCAUUGUUCAUUAGUAUGCUGUGCGUCUAUCUUUGUUGUCUCUGAAGAAAAACGAAUAUUUUUUUCGUUUUACAAAAUUCUUAUCUCCUUCCAGCCUUACUAUUUUUGAAACUACUCUUAUAUUGACUUGAAAAAUUCGACAGAGGUUUGCAAUUGCAUGUCAGAGUUGGUUUUAGUGCGAGGUGAUCAUGUCGAUAUUGGACUGCUUCUCUCACAAAGGCUCCAGGACUAUGAGUAUGGACAAUGGGCCGGACAAGUUCGAACGAGUUCAGAAGAGCCAAAUCCAGUUAGUGGACAAGUUUAAGAACAGUGAAAAGAUUGAGAAGAUUGACAGAAGUCUAGUUUACAAGAUGAACUCUGAAAAUGAAAUAAAGACUGACGCCUCGGCGGACCAAAAAGACGAAUGCAUACUUGUGGCACCUGCUGGCAAUGAUGGAGAUAUCGCGAAUGGUUCAGCUAAAGUUGACCGAUCUAUGAACGCUUUGUGUGGCAGGAGUGCUAAAGAUGUGCCUAAGAUAGAUUCUGGGGUGAGGAUGUUGUGUUUGGACGGAGGCGGUGCAAAAGGCGUCAUCGAGGCUACAAUUCUUGAUAAAAUUUUCAUAACUGUAGCUACAACUUUAAAGUACCAGCCCCAUGUGCUCAACUGGGUCACAUUAGUUCUCGAAACAGACGAAAAAGACAAAAAUAAAGAUAAAGAUAAGGAUAAGGAUAAGGAUAAAGAUAAGGAGAAAGAUAAGGACAAGGACAUGACAUUAGAGAAAGCAGAAAAGAUUGGAGCGAAAGAAGCCAAGGCUGCUGAGAAAGAAGCCAAAGCUGCAGAGAAAUUAAGGAUUAAAGAAGAUUAUAUCGAAGCUCUUGUGCUCAGUAUUUUGAACAAGGAUCAUAAUUCGAAAACAUUCAAGAAGAUACAACGAAUAGAUCGAACUAAGGAUUUGUCAGAUCACAGAAAGGUUAUAAGUAUUAUGAGUGGAGCAAUAGACCAGAAUGACAUGUUUAUACCGUUCACACAUCGCCAAAAGAGGGCCAUAUUUAAGGACGAGGACUUAAGAAGAGUACCCGGACUAGAAAUCAAGGAUUUUCUUCACGGGGCAUCUAAGUACUGGGCGUUAAUUGACUCCGAUCAGACAGAUGAAACUAGAGAGAAAAUCAAGUCAGAUGUGUUGCCUUUCUUCGAAAUCGACGGGACAAAGAUGAAAUGCAUGAAAAUGUUAGUGCCGGCAACAUUCCUACUUACCAACUUUAAUUCACCAAAAAUGGCGAAGUAUGAAAACAGAGAUCUUCUUAUAUUUUACUGGGACCAACCGGUGAAAACUAAGAAAGCUAACAUCAUAAGAGAUAGGCUGCUAGGAGUGGGGGACCAGCAUUACAGGGAGGUCUACAACCCCGAGAAGUUUAUAGAAGAACUGCUUGCUACAGACAUGUUCGACCUGUUGAUCGGGACCAGUACUGGGAGUAUACUGUCGUUUGGUAUGGGAUACAAGGGUCUCUCACCUCAGGAGUGCAGGGACGUCUACCUGGAAUCCAUAAAAAACAUAUUUUCUAAAAAAUACGACCAGAGUUCGACUGGAAAAGUUGGGCUUGGAGACACUCUCUUUAGAACAAUCGGUGAUCUCGUUGGACAAGGUCAUUACUCGAUUGACGGAGUGAGCGACACACUAGAAGAUAACUACAACAUCGGUAAUCCAACCCGUGCCCUGAUGGGAGGUGGCCACCACCGCAGGGAGUGCAUCUGUGCGUGUGUGGCUCUCAACUGGCAAUCCCAAACCCUGGAGACCUUUGAUUCCCACAACCCCAAGUAUAAAGAUUGGGACCUCAUUCAGUUUCUGACCGCCAGUAGUGAUGCUCCAGUUUAUUUCACUACUCCCUUCACCGUCAAAUCUCCGAAGGGUGACGGAACAGAUUACAUAGAUGGUGGUCUGGGAGCCAACUGUCCUGCUGUGCAGGGGAUUGACCUCGCUAAAGAGAGAUGGCGAGGAGCGGAUAUAGAACUGAUAUUAUCUAUGGGCGCUGGGAAGGAUAUAAACCCUCCGGCAGUGCCCAAAAGUGGCGGUGAUUGGUUGAAAACACUUUGCAGUAUGGUAACCGAUGGUGACAAUAUUUGGGAACGAUUCGUCCUGCCCCUUCUCGACAUUGAUGAGGCCUGUAAACACGCAGAGCGCUUACGAAUCCAGCCGAGGAUGGAGCUAGCUAACUUCAAAGCGGACAGCACCCAAGUUAUUGAGAUGUGUAAUCUAGCUGAAGAAUGGCUCAAUACUCACGAAGGAUUUUCUAAUGUGACAGAAGCAGCAGGUAUGAUUAUCGCUAAGUCAAUGAAGCUGGGUGUUGAGACAAGGAUUCUAACGGAACAAGAUCUGCUCGAUUGGUUAGCGCAGAGUUUACCUAUCGGAAAGAGUCUGUUCAAAUCUCGAGCUAAAACUCAAACUGAACCUGAUCAGAAAGAGGGAAUUACUAACGAUAGUUUGGAUAUGAGAUUCGGAAGAGAACUCCAUUCGCUGUACGUUUGUCCGAACGCAAAGUUGCAGAAGAGGUUCCCGGCUAUUGAUAAGAACUUUAUCUAUGUUCCUAAGCCUGUGUCAGUGGGUCAGACUGAUCUACGGUUCACGAUAAAGUUAAACCACGAUAUCCUGGCAAUGUAUCACAAAGAUAUCGGACAGCGUAUCCUUAAACUCCACUGUCCAGACAACCACGAAGUCAGGAUCAUCUGUAACCUGGACAUCUUCGAUACUAAGAACGUGUACAAGGUGGCCAACUUGGUUACGGUUCCGUUGGAGGAGACGGAACAGUUUCACAGACUUGUUCAUGAGGCUAGCAAGGAGAUAUCUCAGCUGCAUAGUGCUGACAGAUCGUCAGCCGAGGAGAAGCUAUGUAAUGCCAUGGACAUCCUCGGUUUGCCCGAGUUUGGUGAAAUAAUAGAGAAGUAUAGGGAGGAGCACUUUAUGAGGAUACAAGCUUACUUUUACCUGUGGAAGAACAAUGUUCAGGAAGUCAGUCUUAAGGCCUUGAACGAGACUCUCAUCAAGGUUGGAAUGAAGAAGAGACCCUGGCCGAAGAAGGCAAGAAUAGGAGAACCAGAUGUCACUGUAAGAACUGUUAUUCCAGCUCCUCCUGAAAAUAUGAUGUUCAGCAUCGCUGUUGAUUACUUCCAAGACAGGUUAGCAAAAGCACGUGAAAACAAUGACAAAGCAGCAGAGAAGAGAUACGUUGAGUUUAUGAGGCAUCUCGGAGCUCACCCAGCUAAAAAGGAGGCUGAAAGUGCCAAAUACAAGAAAAAAUUCUUCGGAACAGUCUUCAAAAGUAAAAGAAAAGAACGGGCUCCUGAUCUUAAAGGUAGAACGGCCUCCGUUCAAUUUGCUGCUCGUCUGUUAGCCACUAAAAAAGGAAAGAAUGCUAAGAAGAAGGGUAGACGUGAGCGUGGAAGCGCUGGGUCUUUACAAUUUGCUGGUCGCAUGGCCGCUAAAAUGAAGAAAGCUAAGAAAGCUAAGAAGGGGCUGGGGGACGCUAGACUUAGCAGUACCUCCAUCACGUUUGCUACUAAAAUGAGGGCAGCCGCUAAAAAAAGGAAAGGAAAAAAAAAUAAAGAAGUUACGGAUGUUGAUUAUGUUUCGACACACACCCGUUUUGCAAGUCGCAUCCGUAUGCAAUUGGGCUUUAACAAGAAAAAAGAGAAAUAUGAGGAUGUCGAGGACGUCAAAGAUGUGGAGGUUGUCGAGGAUGUUGAGGCAAGAUGUUCCAUGGUGGAGUCUACAACUACCACAAUUACCUUUACCACUCGUGCUUUGAGGGCUGUCAAACGUGCUCGACCAAAAGAGUACUUAGCAAAGAAAUUGAAAAUCACUAGAUUUCAUCCAAAGCUGGCUAGAGUGUCUGACGGCGAUUCGAAGCCCACAUUCAAGAAGAAGACUAAGGUUACUCGAGAAACUGUAGACGAUGGAAUCGAUGACUCUCACCAUCGGGCCGACGGGAAGAGAUCAUUUAUGAAGAAUACAAAAAAAUUCUUCACUAUAAGAAGAAACAAAGGGAGCUUGCCAGCAAAGUUGAAAAACCCACCACAAGAGGAUAAAGAAAAACGUAAGAAUUCCGUUGUAGAUGAACAGGAGGAACCAAUGCUGAUGGUUGGGGUGCAAGAAGACAUUGAGGUCAUCUCUUGAUAGCUAGGGGAAUCCUUGAAAUUUAGCUGUUUUAAAGGGAAUAAGUUGUGCAGGACACAUCAUGAAUAUUGAAUAUUAUGCAGGAAUACAAAGAUUU